AUGUCUGAAAAAGAAAACCCUAAAAAAAAAACACUACUUAUUACUCCCUUUAGUAUUGCUACCAAAGGAAGUAACAAACGGCAAACUGUAGAUAGCAGUUCUGAAGGCUAUUCUAGUUAUGAAUUAGAAACUUCUGACAUUUUACAUGAUAAUAAUAAUCCUCAUAAUCUUAAAGUACCACGUUUGGCUAAAGAAUCUUUAAGAAAGGACCCAAAAGCUCAAACAGAUAUUCGAGAUUCUUUUAUAAUUCAAGCUGGAAUAGAUAAACAACGAAUUAUACAAAAUAUGCAAAAUGUAUAUUUUUUAAUUAAGCAUAAUCUAGCAAUAAGAGUAUAUGAGGAUUUGUGCAAACUAGUAAAAAUUCAAUGUAAUAGUAAUCAAGAUGAAUUUAGUAUUGGAGUACCUUAUCUUUUAAAAUGA